AUGCUCUCUUUUCUAUCUUAUCAGGACAAAGUUGCAAAGAAGCCAUACAACCCCAUUAUCGGUGAGGUAUUUCAAUGCAGUUGGCGACUCCCACCAUCUUCAUCAUCGCAAAAGGAAGUAAAUAAUGGGUGUGUGGCCGAGAACGGCCGCUCCACAGAGGAAGGAGAACCCACCUUACUAACUUUCAUUGGGGAGCAAGUCUCACACCAUCCACCAGUCAGUGCUUUUCAAAUCUGCUGCCCCUCAAGGCGUCUUGAAUUAGUCGGGGCUGUGCAUACGGCUUCGCAUUUCCGAGGACUUAGCAUUUUCGUUGAUUUUGUCGGACAAGUCAUCUUGAAAUUGGGCGAACACAAUGAAGAAUACGUGUUCACUCUUCCUAAUGCUUAUGGUCGAUCUAUCCUCACAGUGCCAUGGUUCGAACUCGGUGAUACCAUUGCUAUUACAUGUCCUCAGAGCGGAUACGUAGCGCAAGUCAAGUUCUAUACAAAGACGGUGACCAAUAAUAAACGUUUACAUCAAAUAUCCGCGGAUAUUUUCGAACCAGAAACACCACAAAAUUCCAAGAAGGCCGUCGUUAAUGUUAGUGGUCAUUGGAAUUCCACUAUGGAGAUUGUGGAUUAUACAUCUGGUACCAAAGAAGUUAUAGACACCACUAAACUUGAAAUUGAACCGAAAUGGGUUCGACCUGUGAAUCUACAAAAUCCCGAAGAAUCACAACGCUUAUGGUUUAAUAUUAGUGUGGCCUUGAAGCAAGGCAAUAUUGAAUUGGCGACUCAGGAAAAGGCGAAAUUGGAGGAAAUUCAACGUGUUAGUGAGAACGCCAGAAUGAGUAAAAAACUUUCGCAUAUUCCAAGAUAUUUCAAAGAGACUCCCAAUGGCUAUAUAUUUGUUGAUCCAACAGGAAAGAUAAAUGAAACUUCUAAAUAA